AUGACUACCGAAGCAGGUGUUCCUUCGGUUCAUGUAAUCGCUGAUGCUUUUGUGGAACAAUACUAUCGUAUUAUGGGACAAUUACCUCAACAAGCUUGUAGGUUUUAUGUUGAUGCUAGUGUUGUAAGCAGACCACGACCUGAUGGUACUAUGAUGUCUUUUACAUCUGUUGAGGCUAUCGACAAGCACUUCCUUUCAUGUGACUAUAGUACGACAUUCGAGGUAGUGAGUGUCCAUUCUCAGAAUUCCUUCAAAGAUGGGAUACUUAUCAUGGUUAUUGGUUUCUUGACCGGAAAAGACAAAGUUAAGAGAAAUUUUUCUCAAACGUUUUAUUUUGCACGUCAAAACACAAGUGAUUACAGUCUUGCCUAUGAUGUUCUCAAUGACAUCUUUCGCUAUAUUGAUGAAGAAGAGACUUCCACUCCAAUAACUCUGCCAGUUGUUGAAUCUGUACCAGCAGCCGAAGCUGAUGAGCUAAACAUGACCGAGCCGAUUCGCGAAAUCGAUGAUUCUGUGGAGAACUCUUUUAAUGCUUCUGAAGGUAAGAACGUUGUUGAUGCUCAAAAACCAACAGAGCCAGUUACGGAAACAGUUGCUCCCCAGCCUGAUGGAGCCAAGAGGGAGUUUUAUUAG